UGUAAUCAGUUGCAGCCAGGAAUACCAAAGUGCUUGUUUUCACCAAGGACAAAUGCGUAUUUUACGCAUUACGCGCGAUCCAGAAGUCCAUUAUCUGCACUUUGCACGGCUCUCCCUUUAAAGUUUCAAUCAGUAGACGUGAUUACUGAGUUGAACUUUGAGACCUACUAGAUAGCAGACGUAUUGGAGCAGCAGUGUUGCUUCAUCACAGAUCAAAAGGCAACGAGGUGACACACUUUAAUGACCUCCGUCCCUCGGUGGCAGUGGAGAGGACACUGGCUUUUAACAUGCCUCGCUUCACAACCAAGCGUGUUUAGCAGAUAAUAGUUCGAUCUGGACAUUUCUUUCUAAAAAAAAAAGAGGUAAAACAAUUUGGUUUUAACAAUGAGGCCUCCGGUGGACGUCUGCGUGUUGAUCCUUUCUCUCUCGGCUCCUGGAGUUUUGAAGGCCAUGAACAAAAUCCCUGCACUUCAGGAACCUCUUCCUAUCCUGGGAAUGGGAAUGGUCGUCCUGGGACUUGUUAUUCUUCUCCUCCUCCUCACUGUGCAAAACCAGAAGAAAGUGGACCCCUUAUUCUAUGUAUUUGCAGGGUUUUCCUUCACCUGCAUGGUGGGCCUGACCAAUGCUUUAGAGCAGGAUGGGUUCAUCUCUGGCUUCAUGGCCUUCUAUCUAAAGAUGGGUGAGCCUCAUCUAAGAACCGCCUACGCUGUGAUGAUGUCUUACUGGGACGGCAUCGUUCACUUGCUCCUCUUCCUCACCAUCAUCCACCGCAUGUUCCAAGGGAAGUCCUAUCGUAGCCUGGGGCUGCUGUGGGCCGGCUCCUCCAUCGGCCAUCAAAUUGUUCACAUCCCAGGAGUGGUUAUUAGUAAAUACGGGUCUAACAUUCAACCAGCCUUUUGGAGGAACGUCCCGUUCUUCUUGGUGCCUUUCUGGGCGGCCUCGCUGCUCUUUAGCCGACCGAGAGAGAUGCCAGUCGUAACAGCAGACAAGAUUAUAGCCGAGCAGAAGAAAGGAUUGCUGUCUCGACCUGUUGACCUGCUUCUGUCUCUUCUGUUACUCGGAGCAAUGGCCUUCUCUGUUUUCAGAGGCUUUGUGGUGCUGGACUGUCCUCUGGAUGCCUGUUUCACCUACGUCUACCAGUACGAGCCCUACCUCAAAGACCCAGUUGGCUUUCCAAGAGUUACAAUGCUGGUGUAUUUUUUCUAUGCUCUGCCCCUGCUGACUGUCUUCACCUAUGGUCUGAAAACACCUGGAUGCAGCUGGAUGUUGGACUGGACCAUCUUCUUUGCUGGGGCCAUGGCUCAGACCCAGUGGUGCCAUAUCGGAGCAUCUCUGCACUCUCGCACUCCCUUCACGUACCGAGUCCCAGCAGACAAAUGGUGGCCUGUUAUCACCCUCAAUGUGCUGCUGGCUGCUGCGCCGGCUCUGCUGGCCCUGCGCUGCCACAACAACCCCGCUUAUUUUCUGAAACCUGUUCCCGAGGGACAGACCAGCAACAAGAAGAAGAAAAACUAGACCACACACCAGCCACGGACUGAUGAGGAAUACUUCACGCUGUGACAAGGCUAAUGUUUUCUGGGGACUCUCUUUGGCGCACAAACUGCAUUAAACACUUUAUCAACUUCAAACUCAGAUGAAAUCUUAAAAAACGUUACUCUCUGAAUCAACUGUUUUUAAAAUCAGUCACCUCGCGCAGCAGCAGCACUCCCUGCAUGGACUAUUGGACCCUGAUAAGAAGGCCGUUGAUGGUGUUGAGGACUGUGAUCAGCUUUCAGGUGACUCAUGCAGAUACCCAGUUGGUCUCUUCCCAAACUAAGACUAUUAACUGGACUCCACAGCUGGAAGUUUGUUUUUACUGAUCUAAAAUUCUGUUUCAAUUGUUUUAAAAACUGUGAAUAUAAGAAGAAGACUCACCGAAUGCUUAAAUGAUGCUGAAUUAAUGCUGAAUAAGAGUUGAUGAUAAGUUAGAUAAUAGCAGAUGCUAUUCAAAUGGAGAAUUUGAUGAAGGAAAAACUCA